GCCAUAACAAGCCCGCGUCAUGACUCUGCGGCUGCCGAGAUGAUCUUCUUUGUCCUGCUCGCGUGCCUCACCACCACCACCACCAUAGCCGACAACAAUUCCACCAAAGAUGCAACAACAGAACUCCCAACUACCACCAAAGAAAUCUUGAAAGCGAGCGAAACUGGCGACCCAUCUAAAGUCGAAAUUGUCAAACAAAUUCGGAGGUUAAACGAUGAUGGAUCCUACACUAUCGGAUAUGAAGCCGAUGACGGGACCUUCAAAAUCGAGAGUAGGGAUGUUUUGGGCAAUGUCAAAGGAACCUUUGGGUAUAUUGAUCAGGAUGGAGAGAUUAAACGAGUGACGUAUUCAUCGUCGAGUGACAGCACGCCGGUGCCAGUGACCACGACUACUACCACUCCUACGCCAAUGAUGGUAGUUAGGAUGAACAAAACAGUUUCGUCAACAACAAGAAGGCCACUUGCAACGGUUGUGUAUCCAACAAGAAGUAGCUACACUACAAGAGGUACGGUGAUACAGAAUAUACCUAGGAGAAGAUUAUAUCCCAGUUCAACAAGACCUGGAGUGAAUGCAGUUGAAACUACAACUGAAAAACAAAAGGCUGAAGAAACAACAAGUAAUAUACUCAACUUAUACAAGCCCAAAUCGGACGACAGUGUAAAAUCUAGGACUCAAAUUUUAAAACCGAUGGGAACAGCGAAUGAUGAUUUAAUAACAAAACAAACAACUACUAAAAUACCUUCAACAGUGAAGCCUGUAUAUGAGCAUGUCACUGAAAAAGAACCUGAAAGCGAUCCAAAUAAAGCCAACACGAUUCGACGGGAACUAUCUGAGACCAGUCCUAAUCCACGUAUGAUUAGCUUACAGCAAUCUGUUGGAGAUGAUUCAACAGAUGUGUAUGGAAGCCAUCUAUCUCUUGGAACAGUGCGUCCUCUAUUUACAACGACAACGCCUCGGGCGAGACUCGUGCCUAUUCAUUCUCUAGUAGCGGCGAGACAAAAAAUUCAGCAGCAGUUUCAACAAGCAUCGAGUCAGGAUCAAGAAACAACUAUCGAAGCUAGCACAGGCCGUGUUUUUGAUCAAGAAAACGUAGUGACUUCAAAUCCAGUGCCGGUAGUUCACAUUCCUGAUCGGGAUACAGACGAGAAUAUUUAUCAACAACAUAUUUAUAGAAGACCUCCGGCGCAAGUUCAUUUUCGUACAAAUGAGUAUCUAAAAGACAACCCUGGAGCUCCAGUACCUAUCGGAAACCAGCGGCCCUUUCUCUACGAGUACCAGAACAAAAUACUGGAGCCUCAGUUCGUAAGGGAAACCACACCGGCUCCGCAGACCAAAGCAACAACUCCUGAAGCUGUAACAAUAUUACGACAUACUGAAGCACCUUACGAGGUAAGGCCAGUGACUCGUAUUAUUCCUAUACCAGUUGAUGAAAGAGGGGUACCUAUACAAGGUUAUCAGGCAAGACUAGUGAAUCCUUAUCGUGUCCAGCAUCAGACUUUAUUCCAACCGCGUUAUGAUCCAAUAGAUGAAAUGAAUUCUAUAUCAGCUCCAGUUAGCACUCGAGAUUUAAAACGCUUGCUACAGAUUUUAAUUUUGAGACAGAAUAGAUUGCAAGCUUUAAUGGAUCAGAUAGUCGCUCCUGGACCUCCAUACCAACCUCUGCCGUUGUUCAGACAGGAGCCGCAGUAUUACAACAGGUAUGAAAACGCUCGGCAAUACCCCGAGGACGAGCGAUACGAUUACCGAUAUGAUCAGCAGUAUCGACAACAAGAAAUGUAUACAAAUCAGGUGCAAAAUUAUGAUAAUCCUCAAUACGAAAGCCAGCGUUAUGUUCCUAGAAGACGCAUGUACACCAGGGCUUAUGAUAAUACUGGUUCUUCUUCAAACCGUGUCGAAGAGGGUCCUGAAUUUCUUCCACCUGAAAUUAGAGAAGCUCUUCUUCUGAAGAUGUUGAUGUUAGCGAUAAGUCCCGAUUUCAUGCCAACACCGGCGCCACCUACCGAACUGACCACCGCAGCUCCGAUGAGGAAACAAGUGAGGAAUGUGCAGAUUCUUGGAGAAGAAGGCUCCAUGGACGAAGCCAAGAGGGCCAUGCAAAGGCAGUAAGGUAUUUAUUAACAGGCUUGUUUUAAUUAAUUACUUACCGGAAUAAUAAAUGAAAUGGCGAGGAUCUUUAAAAUUAUUUUAUUGUUUAUUUCUUUAUCGGCCAGUAAUCGUAAUAAUUAUAAUGAAUAACUAUUAGUAGUUGUUGUAUCUGUGUAGUUAUAUCUAAAAAAAUGUUGGUAAAUAUGCCCAGAAUAUAUCUAACUAGUAUAUGGAAUUUGUUUAUCGAAAAAUCGGAAGAUUACUUGAGACGAGUGAGAAAUAAGCUUAGUGUUUGCAUGGCGCCGUCGCAAUAUAAUACUCAUAAUUGUAAUGUAAAUAUUUUGUAAGUUUGUAGUAAUGAAUUUUAAACUGAACAGUAGUUUUAUUAUAACUAUUAUUCCCGCAGAAUAUCGUAAUCGCAUCUGUGAAGUAAUCACAUGACAACUGCAAAAUCGCAUCUUAUUAAAAUUAACAAGUGUGUGAAAAUAUGCUUUGUUAUAUUAAAAUUUAAACCUAUUUAUGAAAACUCUUAAAUAAUCUCGGAUUUCGAAGACAAAAAACACAAAUUAAAAGGAAAAUAUUUUUCAUGCUUGCUAGUUAGUUAGUCAGUCAUAAAAUUCAAGCUUUGUGUAGCCUACUGUUUUUUAAUUUUUAGUUUUUAGAAAUCUAGUCGAUAAUA